AUGGCCAUCUUCCGGCGCAAUAAGCCCAACGACGACGGCACACCCGGCGAUGCCCCUAAGAAGGAGAAGGGCAGCUGGCGCAGGCCCGCGAACACUGCGUUCAAGCAGCAGCGGCUCAAGGCCUGGCAGCCCAUUCUGACACCAAAGACCGUCCUCCCUACGCUCUUUCUUAUCGGUAUUAUAUUUGCGCCUAUAGGAGGGCUGCUGGUAUGGGGGAGUGGUUUGGUUAGCGAGAUGACCUUUGACUACACGCCAUGCGAUACCUUGCCGGCAUCAACAUCUGCCAGCGAUCUCAACUGGCAAAAUCUUACCAACUACUCCUACCGCCUCAAGUCGUCCGCAUCAAAUGCCCCUUACAAUGCCCCCCAGUUUGCCUUCCUUAAUCGCACGGACGACUCUUCUGCGAACAUUUCCGAGAAACUACAGUGCUACGUCCAGUUCGACGUCCCCGUCGCCCUCGAGGCGCCUGUCUUCCUAUACUACAAGCUCACGAACUACUACCAGAACCACCGGCGAUACGUCAACAGCUACGACUCCGACCAGCUUAAGGGCCAGUACGUUAGUCCGAGCAGCCUUAACGGCGGCGACUGCAAUCCGCUCGCGCGGGUCUGCAACGGGAGCGACUGCAAGGCGAUCUACCCGUGCGGUCUGAUCGCAAACUCCCUGUACAACGACAGCUACUCGAGCCUUAACCUUACGACCGAUACGUCGACGACGUACUCCUUCUCCGAGUCAGGCAUCGCGUGGCCGGGUGAGGCGAAGAAGUACGCGGAGACGCCGGGAUACAGCCUCGACGAGAUCGUCCCGCCGCCGAACUGGGGCAAACUCUACCCGAACUACACCUCCGACAACCCGCCGCCGAACCUCAGGACAGACGAGCACUUCCAGAACUGGAUGCGCACCGCGGGCCUGCCGACGUUCACGAAGCUCUACGGCCGAAACGACAACGACGAGCUACAGAAGGGCCGGUACCAGAUCAUCGUAAACAUGAACUACCCUGUCAGAGGGUUUGGAGGAACGAAGUCAAUUGUGAUCUCGACCGUCUCCUGGAUUGGAGGCAAGAACCCGUUCCUCGGGUGGGCAUACGUCGCGUCCGCCGGUCUGCUCGUCCUGCUCGCGAUCCUGGGCACGAUCCGGCAUCUGGUGCGACCAAGGAAACUGGGCGACAUGUCGCUGUUGUCAUGGAACCGGUGA